CUAACCUGCUAGGCUUCCCGGGUCUUUCUUUGGGGUAUUCUGUUCUUGGUGCUUUGUGGGAACUUUGCUCAUGUGUAGCACCCUGCCUCCUGUAGGGCUUCAUGAAUAUGUGCUCCCAGGGGUCAUCUCCUCCUAGCUGUCAGGUGGCUCCAGCUGGGUUCAACCCAACUGCAAGAUAGCAACACGGUCAAGCAGCAGAGAGCAGCUCAACAACAGGAGACAACUGGGAAGUGAAAGAUGUCCGGGUCAGCUGGUGAGCAGAACUGGAGGCAAGCACAGGUCAUCAAUGGUCCCAGCAGACCAACCACAACAAUCAGACUGCGAGACAUAUGCGAUCCAAAGCCUCCACUUCCAAAGGCCCCGGUCCGGAUCCGUCCGCCAUCUCCAAAACCUGCCUCUCUGAGCGAACGAGGUCAGCAGCAAACCCCUUCAGACGAUCCCUCCGUCCAGAGGAAAAGGGCCCAGUCUCUGUCUUCUGCUUCAGGAAAGAAGAGAGAACCUAGGAGGGUCCAGGUCCGCUUUGUGGAUGCGCUGGGUCUUGAUCUGGAGGAGGUGAAAGUCUUCAGACGUCAGGAGGACCCCCAGAUACCCCCUCACGUGAUGUUCAGGCUGUUGAUGAGCUCUGAACUGACUUUUGGAAAGUCACCUGAGCUGAACAUGCCUUACUUCAGACCCUGUUUCCCUGAACACCCGGGGGGCCUGCCAAACUUCCAGAACCGUCUCUGCUCUCAGAAAGUCUCUCUGGAGAGUGUGAUGUGCUCAGACCAAGGUAUAACAGGAACUGUACAUGUACUUAAUUUAGCUUAUCAGAAAGAGGUCAAAGUGCACUACUCUUUCACCAACUGGAGAACGCAAACACACACAACAGCUUUGUGGGUAUCGGGUGAGUACCCUGGCGACUGCGGAGCUCCAGGCACGGAUGUUUUCAGGUUUCGUCUGCCCGUCCCGCCCUUCAUCUUGCAGCCAGGAGCCAUCCUGGAGUUUGCCAUCUGCUACCGUGUGAAUGGAUGGGACUUCUGGGAUAACAACGACGGCAACAAUUACAAACUGGCAUGCCACAGUUACAAGGUGACCGUGCCGAGGGAGUGUGAGGACAGCCUGCUGCAUUUCACCUGAGUGGCCACAUGAGGGAGCUAGCUCCUGUUAAUGCCUGUGGGAGGACAUGAAUAGCUUCUAUAUGAACUCUUACCUUGGUUUUCCAAAUGUUGGAAUGUUACUCGGUUCAUCUGGACGUUUAUCAGUUUGGACUUUUUCUGUAUUUUUUCCCAGACUACAAUGCAACUACACAGCAAAUGUUAUGUUAUCAGCAUGUAGCACAUCUAAUACUGUAUUCAUAUACUGAAUAUUUUGCAUUCAGUAUAUGAUUACUAAUAUUAAAUUGAUCAUUCUUAACUACAAGUCAUAAAUUACUUAUUCAUUUUAAAAUGCUUAUCACCCAGCAAAUUAAUAAAAAUAUAUUUGUAGAAUCUUUUUAUUUACUCGUUGAAAACUUUGUUCUGCCCUGAGAAAAUAAAGACCUGGAGGAGAAAAUAAGUAUUUGUAAAAGAGAAUCUUAAAAAAAGUUAAAAAAACAAAAAGAUCACAUUGAUCUUCAAAUAAUUUUCUUAAAUUUUUUGUUGUUGCUGCACGAAAUAAGAAUUUGGUCAUCUACCAACCAGUAAGAAUUCUGUCUCUCACAUUUGGUCUUAAAAUUGAGCAAAUUGGUUUUAAGAUAAUAAAUUGGCUUGAUGGAGAAAAAAAAUAAAGAAUUUUUUGAUAAAAUGUUUUGGUGCUAGGACGAGGUGAUUUUUUUGGGGCGGGGGGAGGUUUCCAGCCGUAUCAAAAUUGGUGCAUUUCACAAAACUGAAACGGAGACACUUUAUUCACAUCACACCAGUCACAUGAUCAACAACCGGAUGCCGCUACUGCUGGAAAAAACAACAAAGACAACAAGAAGUGGUGGGUAGGAUGAUGAUGAUGAUGUUUUUCAAUUAUUUAUGGCCUGACCAAACUUAUUCAGUGUGAUUUUAGUUGCUUUUCUUACAGAUUUGUAGCUGCUUUCCUGUCUUCCACUGCAUUAUUUGCACCUGACUGAAUCUGUUGCCUUUAUAAAAGACAUCUGUGCACAUUCAGUAAGACUGGGACAGGACCAACAAGCUGUCUAAGGACAGCAGGGACAAAGUGUAGACCUGCACAAGGUCGGGAUGGGCGAUGAUUGGUAAACAGUUUGGUGAGACAAUUAGAAAGUCAAAGGACAUCCAUAUUCCUGUCAGUCUCCCUCAGACUGGGGCUCCAUGCUGGAUCUACUCUACUAGACCUCAUGGAGUCUCACUCAUCAUGAGGAAGAGAGAUCAGCCCAGAACUACACUGUAGGACCUGCGAAAAGACCUGAAGCGAACUGGGACUACUGUCUCAAGGGUUUCCAUAGUAACACUGUACCAUCAUGGAUUAAAAUCAGUGAGUACAAUGUCCCAAUGUUGCUUUAUUUAAAAAAAACAAAAAAAACUUUUUUCUUUGUGGAAAUAAUGCUUUUCAUUCCACUUCUCAAUUAUGCACUGCUUUAUGUUGAUGGGUCCCAUAAAAUCCCAUUAAUCACA